AUGAACGCUCGUCGCGCGGCCGGUCAGCUCACCGGCUUGUCCGCCCGUUCCGUGCUGGGACAUGCGUCAGCUGCCUCUGCCAGACGUCUCAACGUGCCGACGACGACCAAGAGGAUGGCAACGUUCGCCUCGUUCAAGAUUCCCAAGGUGGUCAAUGAACCCAACCACCACUACGCCAAGGGGUCUGCUCAGCGCGCGGGUCUGACGGCGGCCGUCGAGAAGCUGCAGAACAAGCUGCCUCUCGAGGUGCCCAUUGUCAUUGGAGGCAAAGAGAUCAAGACGUCCUCCACGGGCACACAGGUCAACCCUGCGAACCACGCCUCAGUCGUGGCGACCUACUCCAAGGCCUCGGCCGGCGACAUCACAAAGGCCAUUGACGCGGCGCUCGACGCCAAGCCGGCGUGGGAGUCCCUUCCCUUUGCCGACCGCGCCGCCGUCUUCCUCAAGGCAGCCGACCUCAUCUCGACCAAGUACCGCUACGACAUCAUGGCGGCGACCAUGCUCGGCCAGGGCAAGAACGCAUGGCAGGCCGAGAUUGACGCCGCCGCCGAGCUCGUCGACUUCCUGCGCUUCAACGUGCAGUACGCGGAGGAGCUGUACGCGCAGCAGCCGGUGCACCACGCGACGGGCGUCUGGAACCGCGUCGAGUACCGCGCCCUCGAGGGCUUCGUCUACGCCGUCAGCCCCUUCAACUUCACUGCCAUUGCUGGAAACCUGCCUGGCGCGCCGGCGCUGCUCGGCAACGUCGUCGUGUGGAAGCCAAGCGACUCGGCCAUUGCGUCCAACUGGCUCCUCUACCAGAUCCUGCUCGAGGCCGGCCUUCCCAAGAAUGUCAUUCAGUUUGUGCCAGGUGACCCAGUCGAGGUGACCAAGGUCGCACUGGCACACAAGAAAUUUGCGGCGCUGCACUACACCGGCAGCACCGCCGUGUUCCGCAAGCUGUAUGGCGAGAUUGGGGCUGGCGUGGCCGAGGGCCGGUACCAGUCGUACCCGCGCAUUGUCGGCGAGACGGGCGGCAAGAACUUCCACCUGCUGCACCCGUCUGCUGAUGUCGACAAUGCGGCGCUGCAGACGGUACGCGGCGCUUUCGAGUACCAAGGACAGAAGUGCAGCGCCACGUCUCGCGCAUAUGUGCCCAAGUCGCUGUGGCCCCAGUUCAAGGCGCGUGUCGUGUCUGAGGUCAAGAAGCUGAAGCAGGGCGACCCCACGGAACACACCAACUUCCUCGGCCCCGUGAUUCAUGAGGCAUCGUUCAAGAAGCUGUCUGGCGUCAUCGAUGCCGCCAAGAAUGACUCGGAGCUCGAGCUGCUUGUAGGCGGCACACACGACAAGUCCAAGGGCUUUUUCGUGCAGCCGACGGUGUACGCAACGACGAACAAGGCGCACAAGCUCUUGAGCACGGAGCUGUUUGGCCCGGUGCUGGUGGUGCACGUGUAUGACGACAGCGGCAACGCGACGCAGGCCUUCUCGGAGACGUGCGACCUUGUCGACUCGACGGGCGAGUACGGCUUGACGGGAUCCGUUUUCGCGUCGGACCGUCAGGCGAUUCGAUUCGCCGAGGAGAAGCUGCGCAACUCGGCAGGCAACUUCUACAUCAACUGCAAGAGCACGGGUGCCGUCGUGGGACAGCAGCCGUUUGGCGGCAGCCGCGCGAGCGGAACCAACGACAAGGCGGGCAGCGCGGCCCUCAUGGGGCGGUUUGUCAACAUGCGCAGCAUUAAGGAGGAGUUUGUGGCGACGACGCAGGUGGAAUACCCCAGCAACGAAGCGUAG